CGUCCCUCUCUCUCGCCUCCCCCUCCACUUGCGCAAAACCCAACCCAGAACCCCAAAACCCUCGCCGUUCGCCUCAAAUCCACCACCAUUUCUCCAAAUUUCAGCUCACCCCCUUCCGAAUUCGGCUUGGUUUCCAAUCCACAUAUGGAGCUGCAGCUCACUCCCCUCCGCUGCCUCCCACUCCACUACCGCACCACCACCAAAGCCACGGCCACGGCAACGACCAACACCGUCUCCGCAUGCUCGGUGGAAUCCCAAGCGCUCAAGCCACGCCCGCAGCUCCCACGGCAGGCGCCCUUCCGCAGCCGCAGGCGCGGCAGCCCCGUCCAUCUCCCUUCCCUCUGCGCCGCCAUCGAGCGGCUGGUCGCCGAGGGGCGUCACCGGGAGGCUUGCGACGCGCUCCGGGACGCUCGCGCGGGCGCCCCCUUCGUGGCUCUGCCAGCGUCCACCUAUGACGCGCUGGUCACGGCCGCCUCCGCGUUGCGGGAGGCCGGUUCCGCGGCAGGGGUACUCUGGCACAUGGAGAGCUCCGGGUUCCAGCCCGACCAGUACAUGUGGAACCGAGUGCUGGGCAUGUAUUUGGUGUGCGGGAUGCUCGCGGAGGCGCGCGAGGUGUUCGAUGGAAUGCCGACCAGGAGCCGGGUCACCUGGGGGGUGAUGAUGGGCGGGCUGGUUGAUGCGAAGCGUCCCCGUGGGGCGCUGGCGCUGUUCGGGGAGCUCUGGGAGGAGGUGGGUGUGGGUGCUGGGCCGAGGGUUGUCGUGGUGGCCGUCCGUGCGGCCACGGUGUUGGGGUCGGUGCACGCUGGACGGGAGCUGCAUUGUUGCGUUGCCAAGAUGGGGAUGUGCGAGGACCAAUACCUGCCAUGUGCACUCAUCGACAUGUAUAGUAAGUGCGGGCGGAUUGACGAGGCGAGGCGGGUGUUUGAUGGGAUACCAUGGAGGAGUGUCGUGGCGUGGAACACGAUGCUGGCAGCAUAUUCGCUCCAUGGGCGCAGUGAGGAGGCAUUGGACUUGUACCACGAUAUGUGCGAGAGUGGUGCCGGCUUGGAUCAGUUCACAUUCUCGACGAUGCUCAGGAUUUUCUCUAGGUUGGGUCUGCUGGAGCAUGCAAAGCAAAUCCAUGCGGGCCUGAUUCAAAGUGGACUACAAAUGGACAUUGUCGGGAAUACGUCACUUGUUGAUCUGUAUUGCAAGUGGGGUCAGAUGGAAGACGCAAGGCAUGUUUUUGAGAGGAUGCCUAGCAGGAACCUGAUAUCAUGGAAUGCUCUAAUAGCAGGGUACGGCUACCAUGGCAUGGGGAGUAAGGCUAUUGAGAUGUUUGAAAGACUGCUGGCUGAAGGCAUUGCUCCAAACCAUGUGACAUUUCUAGGAGUACUAAAUGCAUGUAGGUUUUCUGGCUUUAUUGACAAAGGGAAGAGGAUUUUCCAAUUGAUGACCCAAAAUCCAAAAACGAAACCACGUGCAAUGCACUACGCCUGUGUUAUCGAACUUUUUGGGCGGCAGGGGCUACUGGAUGAAGCCUAUUCAGUGAUAAGGAAAUCACCGGUCACCCCAACUGCCAACAUGUGGGGAGCCUUGCUCACUGCUAGUAGGAUGAACAAAAAUAUUCAGCUUGCUAGACUAGCUGCAGAGCAACUCUUGGCAAUGGAACCUCAGAAAGUAAACAAUUACAUUGUGCUUCUCAACUUGUAUAUGAACUCUGGGAAACGGGAUGAAGCUUUGACUGUAGUAAGCACCUUGAAGAGGGCGGGGUUAUCUAUGAGUGCUGCUUGUAGCUGGAUCACAGUCAAGAAAAAAGAUCACAGGUUUUUCUUUAAUGAUAGUCUCAAUCCCAAGAGUUCAGAAAUCUACCAAAGGCUAGAUACACUAAUGGAGGUGAUAAAAGAACUUGGUUAUGUUAUUGAGGAGGAUGAAUUGCUCCCUGAUAUUCUCCCUGAUGAGCAGAAGACAUUGAAAAUGUUCCAUAGUGAAAAACUCGCAGUUGCUUUUGGCCUUAUUAGCACAUCUCCAUCUGCUCCCUUGACGAUCAACCAAAGCCAUCGGCUGUGCCAUGACUGCCACAAUGUAAUCAAAUUUGUAACACAAGUUACGAAGAAAGAGAUUACCGUAAGAGAUGCUAGCAGGUUUCAUCAUUUCAAACUUGGAACAUGCUCUUGUGGUGACUACUGGUAGCUAGCAAAAAUACUGCUAAACAAAAUUUGCCGAUGGCCGAUGGUUCGGAGGUUCUGAAGCCAACUCUGGACUGGGAAAACUUGGAAAAGUAAAUUAGUAAUGUUUGAAGGUUCUGAAGCUAAACAAAAUUAGUCAGCAUACAAGGCUUGGUAAGCUUAUAAGUUCUAAAUCCAUUUCAGAUUUUGGAAAGGUAAAUUACAAGUUUGAUUCUCAUUGAUAUGCAUGUCUGCUGUGUCUUUCCUUGUUAUUUCACUGGCGUCAAAACUUGUUUGCAUGUCUUGGUAAAUACCGUCUUAUCACUCUUAACCUUUAUGGCGUGCUAAGAAGAAAAGUAUUUUCUUUGAGUACAUCAGAUCGAUACUUUUCCCUGCGUUUUCGGUUUUCCACUGGCUUUACAAACCUUGUGUGAAAGAAGAAUCUGGGUGGCUUUCGUACUGGAGAUGCCAAUAUUUACUUGUGUCCUGCAAGGAAGGAAUAAAGCUCAGGUGCAACAAAGGAUCGAAGGAAAGUAUAACACUUUGAGCAUCUUUUGACAGCUUGUUUCUAACAGCGUCAUAGAUGGAGAAAAUUCUCCUGUUGCACUUUUGCCCUGGUCUCUUUAUUCAGCUCUUAGCAAUAUAAAGGGCCACAACUCCCUUCAUUGUAAGCAGGCAAUCUUUCCUCCCACCACUUCUGAGCUGAUAGAAGUUUGAGAAUACAGCUAUACAAGAUGGCCAAGAUGAUAGCUGCUGUCAUUGUCUGCGUGUUAGUUUUAGCCCUGGAUAUCACUGCUGGCAUACUAGGACUUCAGGCCCAGGCUGCACAAAACAAGACUAAAAAGGUGACAGUGCUCUUCAUCCAAUGCGAGAAACCUGUGUAUAAAGCAUACCAGCUAGGGCUCGCGGCAGCAGUGUUCCUGGUAGUUGCUCAUGCAGUGGCCAACUUUCUCGGUGGCUGUGCCUGUAUCUGCUCUCAGCUGGAGUUCAUCCGGGCAUCCAUCAACAGGAAACUCGCAGCAACUCUUAUAAUUCUCUCAUGGAUUGCUCUCAUCGUCGGCUUCUCGUUACUGCUUGCUGGGGCCAUGUCCAAUUCCAAGUCGAAGACAUCAUGCGGGUUCGUGCACGGCAAGACCCUGGGCCUGGGAGGGAUCAUGUGCUUCGUCCAUGCGGGGAUCACAGUCGCCUACUAUGUCACCGCCACCGCAGCGGCACACGAAAUUCAUUAGGCCAGUAGGCAUCGUGCGUGCCAUGCUUUUGGCCAGGAGACUACGGUCUGAUACUUUCUCCCAGGAGAUAACCAUUCUUUCCUUGAUUGCUUUUGUUGUUCCGUAUCUUUCAGUUUGUGGUUCGGCCCUUUACCUUUAUAUAUACAACUCAUGGAAGCAUCAGGCUCCGGCUUGUAUCAAAGUUGCGCAAAAAGGAAUAUGAUUGUGGUUUGAUUGAUGCAUCACUGUUUUGUUGUGAAUGCUUGCCAAACAAACAAUGCUGAUGAUCUUUCAGCAAAUUCA